CACUCAGCACUUUCCAGCAGGGCUAUUUAAAGCCGGCCAAGAGCCCAGGAGCCCUUUCUUUCCCUCCCUGGCAGUCUCCAGCUGGACUUUCCUCCUGCAGCCAUGAGCUCCGGGGCGGCGGCGGCGCCGAUCUUCGCCGAGGGUGAGGACUGCAGGGCGGCCUGGAGGGAAGCCACGGCCGGCUACGAUGAGCCCGAUGCCCACCUGGAGAUCCUGGGCAAGCCGGUGAUGGAGCGCUGGGAGACGCCCUACAUGCACUCGCUGGCCACCGUGGCUGCAUCGAAGGGUGGCCGUGUGCUGGAGGUGGGGUUCGGGAUGGCCAUCGCUGCCUCCAAGGUGCAGGAGCAGGACAUCGAGGAGCACUGGAUCAUCGAGUGCAACGAGGGCGUUUUCCAGCGCCUGCAGCGCUGGGCCAAGGCACAGCCACACAAGGUGGUGCCCCUGAAGGGGCUGUGGGAGGACGUGGUGCCAACGCUGCCAGAUGGGCACUUCAGUGGGAUCCUGUACGACACCUACCCGCUGUCAGAGGACACCUGGCACACGCACCAGUUCAACUUCAUCCAGGGCCACGCCUUCCGCCUGCUGCGGCCCGGAGGGGUCCUCACCUACUGCAACCUCACCUCGUGGGGGGAGCUGCUCAAAAGCAGCUACAGCGACAUCGAGAAGAUGUUUGAGGAGACGCAGCUGGGGCCGCUGCUGCAGGCGGGGUUCAGGAGGGAGAACAUCAGCACCAGCGUGAUGGAGCUGCAGCCGCCCCCCGAGUGCCGCUACUACUCCCACCCCAGGAUGAUCACCCCCACCGUCCUCAAACACUGAGGGACCAGCCCCAGGGGGACCCAGCCCCAGGGGGACCCAGCCCCAAGGCUCUGAUCUCCCUUAAAACCCCUGAGAGAUCGGAGCUGACUCCUGCAGAGAUGGGUGGAGGUCUGGGAUAAAGGACAGGAAACUCCCUGCCCCAGGAGCUGCCUGCCCUGGAGGGGUUUUGUGAUCUCACCCUGCUCUGUUCCCUCAAGACUUCAAAUUCUCAAUUAAGCUGCAAUUUCAGAGUGUGGUUUGGAGCUUUGGGUUCCAGAACCAGCUAUUUCCCCUAAAAAUUGGAUCAUUUUGAGAAAUCACAGGGUGGCUUCCCACAGGAGUCAAAUAAUCCAAACCAGGUGGGAGAAACGGGGCAGUCUGAGGCAUUUUGAGGCAUUUCAGCUUCUCCUGAAGCAACUCCCCAGGGAAAUUUCCCAAUAUUUUCAGCCAAAUCCUGACCCAAACACCCCCUCACAGCUCAAUGAGUGAUGUUUCCUCUCUCCCCAGACAGGAUAAAGUCCAUUAAAAGGAAUGAAAUACCCAAA